AUGCUCAAAUUAAGACCGCAUUUAGGGAAUUUGGCGAGAAUUUGCGAGAUUCGAUCGACGUCGCAAUGGGUUAAAGCGAGUAAUAGUGAAAACAGCAAUGAGAAUAUAAAUGUCGAAAAGCUGUUUGUCGACGCUGACGUUCAGAGGCUUCUCACCGAACUGACGGAGAUCGACCUUGAGAAUAAGGUGUUCCGACCGCGACGUACCUCGAAUCAGCAGAGAUCUCAUUUUGCGCUGAUGACUGAGGAAAGGUUGGAGAAGACGCGCCAACGGAUGAAGGAAGAAGCGCGUCGGUUUUUGCAAUUUGUUCCAAUCAAAGAGCCUAGGCCAAACACAGUUCAAAUUCUCGAGAAGAAUCCAUUAUUGGAAAGCUUUGAUACGAGUAAAAUCGUGUUCACCGAUAUCACCUUCGACGCCACUGAUCAGGAUCGUACGGUGGUGGUUCGCGAGCCGGACGGCACGCUGAGGACGGCGAAUCCGGAAGAGCACGAUAGAAUGAAUAGGACGUAUUAUUCGAAGCCGAAUCGGCCAGUUAAUCAGCCGCCAUUGUUCGAGGACCCGUAUUUGCAGAAUGCAUUGGAUAGAGAUGAGCACGAGUUUGUAUUGGAUUGGGCUUGCUGGUUUUAUGAGCCUGAUGAUCCGGCAUAUGUAAAGCUGAGCCAGACGGUGUUUGAUCGGGUAAACGAGACGCAGAAAUUUCAUGUGCUCACCUCUACACGCCAUUUCGGACCAUUCGUGUUCUAUUUGGCGCUCAAUGAUAAUAUUCCGAAGAUUUUGAAUUAUUUUGGUGGGCUCGGUCGAUUGGCGGAUUGCGCGAAUCUUGUCCGACUUCAGAAGACACUUUGUCCUAAUUGGAGGGUGACGAUUGCUAAAGGCGACACCGAUGAGAAAAUUGUCAAGGAUUUUAUUAAACAGAAUGCACGAUUCCGCGAACAAAUGCCUGAUCUUUUGAAUUUUGUGAACAAUGGGGUUUUGAAGGCACAGAAUACAGUAGUUAAGAAGACAAGGAUUGGAAGAAGGCCGGAUAAUAGAAAGGCACCAAUCAAUGCGUCAAAUAUUCGGGGAGAAGCGGGACCGUUGGGAGAAUUGAGUAAAGAAUAUUCGGUGAAAGUUGUGAAGAGUGAAGGAAGCGAAUCGGAGAGAGGAAGUGGACGCUGGAAGAAUCGCAAACCCAAAUCUGACGACAACGAUUCUGAGAAUAAGGACUAA